AUGCUGUUUCCGUUUCUUUUCUCAUUAGUUUAUUCCACCACCGUGUUGGUGUGUGCACCGGGGUGCUCAACGAAUGUAUGCACAGCAAAUUACACGUGCGAUUCCGUGUGUUCUCCAAAUUAUGAAAACGAUGGGUCAUGCCUCCAUUGCAAAUGGACAGAUCCCAAUGGAAAUACUGCCGAGGCAUACCUUCCAAGUGGUGAUGAGUGCGUUUCAUCGACAAAUAUUGUCGAGAAAACAAAUUGGGCACCGACCAAUGUCGACAGUUACGUUUUGAAUACGCCAAUCUCUUUCACUUUAGACCAAACCUCCCCAGUCGACUACGGAUUUUGUUACUCAAGGCAAAAGUACACUAUAUCGAAGUGGGGUUCACUGAAGUCCUCUCUUUUGACAAAGAAGUUUGUUAACGUCAAAAUUGAUAAAAUUGGCAAAUCUGAGCUGUCGGUGGACAUCACUAACACACCAAUAACAGAGGCAGAUCCACUCUGCUUUGCUCACACUACACUUUUUGAGGAGGACGACUCUUUCAAUCUCCAAUUUCCUGUCGUCUCACCUUUCAAAGACUCUCAGUCGACCGGAGAUGAGGAAUUUCAAUUCACUUUUUUUGUUUCUGUGAAGGAGGUUGAAAGUACACAAAUUACUUUAACUAUCACAGAGACAGACACUUUACUGUUGAAAAACUUGUUCCAUGUGAAUCAAAGCAUUGCAGAUGAGGUGUCUAAGGACAUUUCAAAAGCUUACGUCUAUCCACUUCCUUUCGAAUCACAAGGACAAGUCCUUUUCACGACAUGCAUGCCAACUGUUAUGAUGAAAGUGUUGACUUUCACUGUACAGUUCACCGGACCCUACUCAAUCUUGUUGGACACUACUGAGAAAAACAGGUUUUCGUUGUUGGCGGAAUACACCGGAGAAUUGGACAGUAGUGCGAAUAACGGGGAGUGUCUACAGACGUGGAAUGGACUUCCAGUAGGUUCAACGUCUUCGUCUGAAAAGAAUGGCGUCUCUGUGAGAAUCAAAGGUGAUAAAACAACAACAAGGCACUUUGCGGUGAUGUCAGAAGACUCUCGGGCACAAGUGAGUAUUAAGGUGAAGGGGUUGUGUCCGAAUGAUUGUCAUGAAAAUGAUGGCAAUGGGAGAUGUGCGCCGAGUGAGGGUGGGUGCAUCUGUGAGGAGAAGUAUGGAGGAGAUGAUUGCCAUCAACUCUGUUAUUACUACGGGUGGCAAGUGUCCAACACUGAUGGGUUGUGUUACUUUGGAACAAAUGACUGUGACCAAUAUUGUCAUUGUUCCAGUGGGAAUUUGGUCGACCAUUUAUGUGUGAGUGAUGCGUGUGCAAAUGGGAUAUUAGGCCCUGGCGUUGAAUGCAUCUAUGGGAACGAGGGAUGUAUGAGGAACUGCCAAUGCGAAAUAGGAGAGGAGUUUUCCCCUGAUGGAACGGGCCUCUGUAUUCACACGUUGUGUGGAAAUGGCCAAAUAGAUGAUUUGUAUAACACGGAAAAUGAAUUUGUGAGGAGAGAAGAAUGUGAUAAUGGCACCAACUGUAAUGCGUCGUGUAUGUGUAACCCUGGAUUUAAACAGAAUCCGGAUUCGAAAACGAAUUGCAUUGAAAAGGGGUUGUCGACGGGGGAAACUGUUGGUAUUGUAGUUGGAUGUGUUGCCUUCUUUAUCAUAUUAGUAGUUGUGUUCAUCAUUGUUUUCAUCUUUGCUAUGCAAUUCAAAAAAGUUGACAUUUCAAUUUUCAAACUUCAACAACCGACAUAUCACUACUACAUCUCAGGAGCUAAAAAUGUUGCCCCAUCAAAGGAAGGAAGAUACAUCAUUGAACCAAUUGAUUUGGACUAUGGCAAGGAAACUGAAGCUACGGCUAUUGAAGACACUCGCUUUGAGACAAUUGAAGUCAAAAAUAAGAGUAAAAACAAAUACAUGAUGAUCAUUAUUCAUACCCCAAACUGCCCGAAGUACGUAUUUCACUUUGAGCCACAAGUUGCGAUAUUGCGUCCGAACGCGAAUUACUCGAUGAUAUCGUAUAUGACCCUUCAUGCAACUACUAAAAUACGCGAUAUGAAAAUCCCAUUCACGUUGUGGUUUUCGAAGAAUAGACAAACAUUGACAGAGAUUGCUUCAUUGCUCAAAGACAAGGACUUUGAGAAUUGGACACCAGAAGAUAAUAAAAGUAUCGAGCACCUUUGCAAAAAUGUUGUGCGUCGACAAUACAACAACUUCAGAAUCACUACGGAUGCAGCAAGUUCAACCCAUAUUGAUUUGGACGAGUUAAACAUCUCGGAAAAGCCUAUUGCCGAAGGUGCGAUGGGUAAAGUCUUCAUUGGGAAUUACAGGAGUGUCCCCGUUGCUAUUAAGCAGUUCAGGUGGGAGAAUUUGGACGAGGCGGAAGUCCAAGAACUGAAAGAUAGUGUGGUUGCUGAGUGUGAGAUGAUGGCGAAAUUGAGGAAUCCGUUUAUUGCGAGUUAUAUGGGGUCGGUGACCUAUUUGCCACAAGUGUCAAUGGUGAUUCAAUUCUUUGUGUUGGGGUCGUUGGGGGAAUACCUCAGGUCGAAUAAAGAGGACUACGUCAAAUUACCAUACAAAUUGAAAGUGCGAAUGUUGUAUGAUACUUCACGUGGAAUGCAAUUUUUGCACGAUAACAAAAUUGUCCAUUUGGAUUUGAAGCCCGACAAUUUGCUUGUGAAUUCACUGGACUACAACUCAGCUUGCACCUUGAAAAUCACGGACUUUGGGACAUCCAGGUUCACAAAGAAAAUAGCUAAAGGAGAAGACAAAGGUCUUGGAACUCCUAUCUAUGCAGCACCAGAGACGUACAAAGAUAUUUACUCAUAUGCGGGGGAUGUCUACUCGUUUGCGAUUACAGCGUGGGAAGUCUUUUAUCAGGAAGAACCAUAUAAGGACUUCAAGUCACUGUUUGAGAUCAAAACAUUUGUCUCAGAGGGGAAACGCCUGAAAAUAGACGGGACAAUGCCACGAUUGUAUACACAACUCAUCGAGAAUUGCUGGAAACAAGACCACACAAAGCGACCGACAUUCGACAUUGUCUCGAACAAUUUGGUCAAAAUCGACGACGAUAUUUUAAAGUCGGUACAGAGCCUUGUAAACUUGGAUUUGGGAUAUUCACAAGAGAAGAUCGAGACUCUUAUCAACAACAGAACACAAAGAAUGCAAAAGCAACUCAACGAUAUUUCAAGGGACUAA